CAAAACAAAAGACGUAAGCGUAGAAGCAGCAAAAAUACAAAAAAAGGACAAGCAGUGGGAGUGAAAAGUGGAUUGACACUUGGAAUCGAGAGAAACGAGUAAACCAAAUGCAUUAGCAGCUGCUAAUCGUCAUUGUACCACGAGAUUCUGGUUAUUGUUGUUGUUGUGGUUUUUUUUUUAAAUAAUUUUUUUUUUGCACCCACCACAACCACACGUAACUAGAGCACAGACACACAAACACACACAUACAUACAUACAGAGAGACUAGACUCACUCACAUUCGCAUUCAGGCAAUCCACACAUACACAUCGAAUCCAUCCUCCACAUAGUAGAUGCAGUGCAGCGGAAUCUUUGGAAAUGAUUUGCAAACAAGACGUCCUCCUGUGGUUUGAGACACUCGAUAGCUACAAACGUAUUGAGACCAUGUAUUCCCUGCUAACCGCCUGUCUGCCCUUCGAAUUGCGUUUCCUCGGCACGCUGCUCGAGGAGCAGGGCCGCUGCGAUUCGGAAAAAUUACGGGGCAUGGAGCUAAGGGCUAACAAUCCACAUGAAUUGGCGGCGGAUAUGUUAACCUGCCAAAAGGGUGAUCCCACAGAUAUAAAACAUCGCCGCAAAAUGGCAUUAUAUUUGGCAUUGAUACGGGCCUGCAAUCGUAACUGUGUGGCCGAAAUCUUUCGUACUCUUGAAUGUUGGGGCGAAUCGGAUUUCAGUUGCAUUAACGAUCAGGAUACCUUGUUGGAGUUAUUGCUGGUCUAUACCAUGGCUGCCAUACAUCCGGUCUUCUCGCUGGAUGAGCAAAGAAAACUCAAUGUGAUAUUGGCCAAAAUCAAGGAAAAUAAAUUGAUGGCAGAGAAGUUAAAUAGUCAACAACAGCAGCAGCAGCAGCAACAACAGCCAACAAUGUACCCGCCGUCCCAGCAUCAGCAGCAUUUGCAGCUACAUCAAAUGGCCCAGCCGCAACCGCCGCCGCCACAUCCACAGAUCAUGCAAAUGGUCCAGACGCCGCAGGGCACAAUACCUAUGAUAUUUUCUCAACAUUUUCCUAAACUUCUGCCCAGCACCGAUGGUACGCAUCAGAUUAACGCUAUUGAGGCUAUGUCACAUAUGAUGCAAUCCAACAUCACCAUUCCAACGGACGCAAGUGCCAUGUGGCCCAUACGACAUUAUGCUCAUCCACCGCCACCACAGCAACCACAACAGCAGCAGCAACAACAACAGCAACAGGUUCAAAUUCAACAGCAACAGCAAAAUAUUGAGCAUCCUGGACAAAUGCCACCACAAGCCACUUCACCAAUGUUAAGUCAACAAUCCUCGCCAUCAAGUAGUCGCACCACAAGUCCUCAACGGAGUCUAACGCAACAGCAGCAGCAGCAACCACAACAAAUGCGCAACAUGUCGCAACGUAUGACUGGUGGAGGCAUGAAAAACACACGACGACCAUCGGCAGAGACCACGCCGCCUCCAACUUCAUCUAUUGGUGGUGAUCAACAGCAUGCUAAACAUAUGGAUGAGAAUAUAAAUGAUGGCUUAACCACAAGUUUACCCAAUUUAAUACGAAACGGUUUCCAGCGUCCGGGAGCAGGUCAUCAUCAUCGCAUCAAGGCAAACACAUACAUACCGCCUCAUCAACAGCAGCAGCAGCAACAGCAGCAACAACCACACUUUCAGCCCAAUAGCAAUUAUAUGAAUGCCAUGCAGAAUAUGAAUUUGAAUGACGAUGGCAGUGGCGGAUCUACAUCUAUGAUGAGCAUCCAUUCCAACAAAAGUACAGCAACAACUGGCAGCGAAACGGGCAGCUCGAAUGGGUCAUGCGGUGAAAUAUCGCCACCGGAAACGCCAACGCCGUUGCCCUUAGCCCAGAUGCAUGGACAAGUUGGCGCCAUGGUAACGACUGUGCUACCCGGUGGCACUGUUAUGGGUGGCUAUCAACAGAAGCCGCAUCAUCUUAGUUAUAAACAACAACAGCAACUGAAUCUGCAGCAGCGGCUAAAUGGGCGCAAUGGUGUGGAGAAGAGUUAUCAACAGAUUUACCCAGCGACUGGUACGCCCGUUUCAAGUGAUGCGGGCAGUGGGCAGGCUCUGCUCAUUAGCCCCUCGCCAGUGAAUACGCCGACAUCGACUGUAUUGCCCCUGCCUUCUGCGGCCUAUAAUGCCGCAGCGGGCACCUAUCCAUAUCACACGGGAAGCACUCCACGAGGACAUCCGCCACCACAGCCACCGCAGGCAUUGAUACAAGCCCAUACGGCACCACCUCCGCAUGGCGGUUUUCGUUAUCCGAUGCAACCGCCACCACACAAUGGUGAACAACAACUCCUCUAUUCAGCUUUCCCGGGACUGACCUUCUUGGCCCCAGCACCGGCGGGUACACCAACCGGAGCGCCGGUAACAGCGUCACAGCUACGAAAUACAGCGGCCGUCACGUUGAGUACGAAUGCCGUUGUCACAGUGCCGGCAACACAUCAGCCCGCCCCCCAACCGCCGCCACCAACGGCGGUGGUCAGUCAGCAGUCCUAUAGUGCAUUAAGUGUUUGUCCCAUCACAGGUGCGGGGGCUGGAGCAGCUACACAAAAGAUUAUUUCCUGCUACAAUUGCGGCUCCCAGACGCAUAGCGGACGAGACUGCCAAGAGGCCUCAAUGGAGGAUGUGACUCGUAGUGCCAGCUACAAAUUGGACUAUUCCGAGGCCUCUUCGACGACAAGUGAAGUGAAUACAAAUCUAAGUGACAAACAGCAGCAGCAGCAACAAGCUGACAUGUCAAAUUCUACAGUAAUCACACCCACAGCAGCUUCCGCAAUAGCCACAGGCACAGCGACAGCGGUGACAAGUGGUAAAUAGAAGAAUGGAUGGUAUAUACCUACCGUGGGUGGAUCAUAAGUUAUAUAUAUUUAUAUAUAUAUAUGAAUGUGAAAAUAAUUAUGCAUAAUCCUUAUCUACUUAUAAAAUUACAAAAUCUAACAACAAAAAGAAAAGAUAAAAAUUAACAACAAUUACCAUUUAAAUUAUGUAUGUGUAUAAAAAGCGGAAAUCAAAUUUCACGCCAUUUUCACACAUGUCUCCUAGUUUUAUAAGCCUUCUCAAUUUUUGCAUAUAAAGAAAUCAGAAAGAAUAUAGUCACGGCUAAAACUUGACAAAGCCCCCCACACACAGGAAGGAAGAUUUUAAUAACUUAAACCCCAAUAGACACACUCAUACUCACACACAGACACAAACAAUACAUUAAUGUGAAUGAUGGCAAAACAACAAAAGAAAAAAAGAAAAGAAACAAAACAAAACACAAUGCAACAAUUUGAUAACUAAUAUAACAGAUAGAUAAAUUCAUUGAUUAACCCCAAAAAAAGUAAAAACAAAAAAGAUUACCAACAAUAACUCGAAAUUAGUUUCAAGAAGAAUCUUUUGUUUUUUUUAUUAAAUGCAUGGGGUUUUAAUCAUAAUACAUAAUGUUUGUGUAUAUCUGCCUUGUAUGUGUUGCACCUUAUAUAAUAAUAUAUGAUAUAUAGAAAUAUGUAAAGUGGUCAGAAUCUUCUUUUUUAGUCUAAUGAUAUAUAUAUAUAUAUAUAAAUUGAAAAUGAAUUAUGUUGGAAUUUAUUUGUCAAGAAAUUGUAGUCAUAUGCCACAUGCACACACAACUA